GCGGUUUGCCCGAGCCAGUACUGAAGCUGCAAGCAGAACUAAGGUAAGCAGACGGGUGCGCGCGUACGUUAACGCAUUGAGGGGAGAGGGCCCCCCUCGUCGGGCACGCGCGGUACUCUUCUGCCGCGCUGGCAACGAACGAACUUGUCUGGAAAGCAGACGAGGCAGUCGUUGAUAAUAUCGUCAUGCGGCUCAUUGGUCUCCGCAUGCUACUGUUUUUGCUUCUUGGUCUGGUGCUCUCGGAAUCUGACUCGGGAGAAGCGGAAUGGUUCUUCACGGCGCCGGCAGGAGGAUCGCGUUCCAGUGCCCAGGCGCCUCGCGUCAAACGUUACGCCAUCAACCCGCUGGGACAGAAGUGGGACCACUUGAACAUAACUUACAAGAUAGUCCAGUUCCCCAGCACUCUGAAUAAAGAUGACACUCACAGAGCUAUCAGCAUUGCCUUUACUAUGUGGAGCACUGUGUCCCCACUAAACUUCCGAGAGGUGUCCCCUGAGAGUCAGGCAGACAUCAAAAUAGGCUUCUACACAUUCAAUCACUCGGACUGCUGGACAACCCCACUGCACCCCUGCUUUGAUGGCCUUAAUGGCGAGCUGGCUCAUGCCUUCCUGCCACCACAUGGUGAAAUUCACUUUGAUAACCACGAGUUCUGGAUAUUAGGCCGGUCCCGCUUCAGUUGGACACAAGGUGUGUGGCUGAAUGACCUUGUGCAAGUGGCUGCCCAUGAGAUUGGACAUGCUUUGGGACUCUGGCACUCUCAAAACCAACAUGCCCUGAUGCACCCUAAUGCUACUUAUACAGGACAGCGACAGAUCAGCCAGGAUGAUGUUUGGGGGAUCCAGCGGCUUUAUGGAUGCAAGGACAAGAAGCGGGUGUGUGACCCUUGGUCACGCUUGGGCCUGUGUAAGCAGCGUAAAUCCUUUAUGAAGAAGCACUGCCCACGGAUCUGUGACCUGUGUUUUGAGCCCCCAGAUGCAGUGCCAACUUCUCUUCUUCCCCCGUUCAAGACUAGGACAAAGCUUGUUCCUCGUGGAAGGGUAGUGACAUUCCGUUGCGGGAAUACUGCAUCUCGUGCUCAGGCAAAAGUCAGCUGGUACAAGGAUGGAGAGCUACUGUCCAGGUCAGUGCCGGGGCAAAUAACUCUGAAGAAGCAGGAACUACACAUCAUUGCCAAUGAGUUCAAUGAGGGUCAGUACACGUGUCGCAUUCACCAUAGCCGAAGUGCAGUCAAAGGCAACUCAUGGCUCAUCCGAGUCAAGGACGAGAAUUGAACAUGUUGAAAGCAAGAAGUCAGCCAUUUUGGAGCCCAGGCUGGGAAGCACGACAGCAGCUGUUUUGCUGAAUUUUGGACAGAACAUUGUCAAUGUGAACAGCCUGACAUAGCAACACAAUGAACUUCUGUUUGGACAGAACCCAAGGCUAGUCACAGAAUGUGGAGUAGUAUAAGCGCCGCAGGGACCAAUGUUUCCACUUGCUUGUGUCACUUGUACCACAAUUGUCAGUUAAAAAGCCCUGAGGUGUGAAAA